CUCCGCCUGAGUGGCGCUUGGCGCGUUCUGGGGCUCAGCGCUGGUGUUGGCGGCGUGCAGCGCCUCCCUGCAGGUCGUGCUCGCCUCGGGGACCAUGGCCACCGACUCCUGGGCGCUGGCGGUGGACGAGCAGGAAGCCGCUGUCAAGUCGAUGAGCAGUUUGCAGAUCAAAGAAGAAAAGGUCAAAGCAGACACCAAUGGUGUUAUCAAAACCGGCACCACCGCAGAGAAGACUGAAGAGGAAGAGAAAGAGGACAGAGCUGCUCAGUCUUUACUCAACAAGCUGAUCAGAAGCAAUCUUGUGGAUAACACCAACCAAGUAGAAGUCCUGCAGAGGGACCCAACCUCCCCUCUCUACUCGGUGAAGUCUUUCGAAGAGCUUCGCCUGAAACCACAGCUUCUCCAAGGAGUCUAUGCCAUGGGCUUCAAUCGACCAUCCAAGAUCCAGGAGAAUGCAUUGCCCAUGAUGCUUGCUGAACCCCCGCAGAACCUAAUCGCCCAGUCUCAGUCUGGUACUGGGAAAACAGCCGCCUUUGUCUUAGCUAUGCUCAGCAGAGUGGAACCGUCAGACAGAUAUCCUCAGUGUUUGUGCCUGUCCCCAACAUAUGAGCUGGCACUUCAAACAGGAAAAGUGAUUGAGCAGAUGGGCAAAUUUCAUCCAGAAUUGAAGCUAGCUUAUGCUGUUCGAGGCAAUAAAUUGGACAGAGGUCAGAAGGUCAGUGAGCAAAUUGUCAUUGGCACCCCCGGGACCGUCCUGGACUGGUGCUCCAAGCUGAAGUUCAUUGACCCCAAGAAGAUCAAGGUGUUUGUUCUGGACGAGGCUGACGUGAUGAUAGCAACUCAGGGCCACCAAGACCAGAGCAUCCGCAUCCAGAGGAUGCUGCCCAGAAACUGCCAGAUGCUGCUCUUCUCUGCCACCUUUGAAGACUCAGUGUGGAAGUUUGCCCAGAAGGUGGUCCCAGACCCCAACAUCAUCAAACUUAAGCGUGAAGAGGAGACUUUGGACACCAUCAAACAGUAUUAUGUCGUUUGCAAUAACAGAGAGGAGAAGUUCCAGGCCCUGUGCAACCUGUAUGGGGCCAUCACCAUCGCCCAAGCCAUGAUCUUCUGCCAUACCCGCAAAACAGCUGGCUGGCUGGCAGCAGAGCUCUCCAAAGAGGGCCACCAGGUGGCUCUGCUGAGUGGAGAGAUGAUGGUGGAACAGAGGGCGGCUGUGAUUGAGCGCUUCCGAGAAGGCAAAGAGAAGGUCCUGGUGACCACCAACGUGUGUGCCCGUGGUAUUGAUGUUGAACAAGUGUCUGUGGUCAUCAAUUUUGACCUUCCCGUGGACAAGGACGGGAACCCAGACAACGAGACCUACCUGCACCGCAUCGGACGCACGGGCCGCUUUGGCAAGAGGGGUCUGGCCGUGAACAUGGUUGACAGCAAGCACAGCAUGAACAUCCUCAACAGAAUCCAGGAGCAUUUUAAUAAGAAGAUAGAAAGAUUGGACACAGAUGAUUUGGAUGAGAUCGAGAAGAUAGCCAACUGAGAAGCUUCACCAGCGACUGGCGCCACCCUCAGCACUGUCCCUGCCUGGGAGCCCAGUGCUUUCAUGGCAUAGGCCUGGACAGGCGGCACCUCAGAGACCAAGGCCUGAGUAGAGACUACCUACCUCAUUCAGAAUUACGUUUGGACUUGACAAAAAUUUGCAAAUGAUGGGGCAAUUCCAAGGAAAAUUUUUGCAUUUUAGAAAAUAGUCCCAGCCAGGUGUGGUGGUACACACCUUUAAAGCCAGCACUUAAGAGGCAGAGGCAGGAGUAUCUGUGAAUUCAAGGCCAGCCUGAUCUACAGAGUUCCAGGGCAGCCAGAGCUAUAAAGUGACACCUUGUCUCAAAAAAGAGUUCUCAGCUCUAUCUCCUUCUAAAGCCAGUUUUCUCUUUUAUGGCAAUAUGGUAGCUGUUGGUGAUGUUUGUGCCCAGAACUUGCUGCCCACUCUCUGGCUUCAUGUGUUUGGACCACCUCCAGCCUUGAGUAAAUGACAGAGGACAAGGUGGUUCGGAGAGGCCAGGAGAGCCCUGCCUGUAGCUCAGAUGCCUUUUGUGGAGCCAGGAGAGCUCCGGUGCCCCGCCCACCCAUGCCACCUUUCCUCUCCCUCCUGGUGAGCAUCUUGGCUGCUGCUGUAUUCUUCAGAUUGGCAGACAAGAUGGAAGUCAGCAAAAUCAUAGACUUACAAGGGAGAUUGGAGUAUCGGGCAGAUGACCCCUUUGAAGAUGGGGGCCUGUCUUUCCUCCUGUUCACUCCAUCUGUUCUGUACCUGGCUCCAUUGUUUGGUUCUGAUCCAUGGGAUUUCAUGCCAAGCAGCGAUUCAGAAAGGAAGUUAUGACCAAACAAAAACUAUUCGUUAUGCCAUUAGCAGACUUAUGGGUUACUUCAUACAUUGUAUGAAUAAUAUUAGAUAAAUCACGGUGAUAACACAUCAUUUUCAGAAAUUUUGAAGUAAUUAUGAGAAACAUUUUACUAAUCAUGGUUUGUUAUUUGUAUUUUUCUGCUUACUAGACUAAUAUGAGCUCAUUAAAGUGUGUAAAAUGGU